AUGGGAGUAUAUGAUAACGACAAGCUCCAAUUCGGAAUAGCCGAAUCACAUGAAGAAUUAAUUCAAGUCUUUUCUGUUUCUAAGGACGAGUGGGGAAAGGCUAUGACCCCUCAAGGGUAUCUACAUCAUUAUACGCUGGAGUUUGAACGUCAAAGGGAAGAGGGAAAGAAUAUUAAGGCAUUCUACAUCAAAGAUAUUGAGUCAGGUGUUAUAGUGGCCAGUUGUAUCGUUAACCCAAAACCGGGGUUUUUCAAAGAAGCUGACCGGUCCCAGGCAAUUGCGUCUAUCCCUGAUCCAACCUCGUUCGGAGUGAAAAAUGUAACUGGGUUACAUGUUGAGAUGGUAUUUGUCAACAAAGAUUAUCGGGGAAAGGGUUUAGGGGAAGCUGUGGUAGAAAGAUCAAUUGAGUAUGUUGAAAAAAGCCUCAUUGAUAAGGAACUUGAAGCUAGUGAUGUUAAUGCAGUAGACAGUUUCGCUAAUAUGGUUAAGGAUUCUCUGGGUAAAGUGGAUUCAGUUCUUGCCAAUUAUUAUUUGAGCAAAAAGUAUAUCUGGCAUUUAUAUUCAGGUGUGGGCGACACUUUUUACUCUCGGUUCGGAUUUAAAAAGUAUCCUAUACCACUUUAUCUGAUGCCUUUUGACUCCUUCACUUUUAUGAACGAGACUCUUGAUUUCCUUUUGAAAGAUUCAAAUAAAGGACAGCAAUCAUUUCCUGUGGUUCCGGGUAAACUGCUCCAAUUAUUAGAGGCUGGAAACCCCCAACACCAACGUAUAAUUGAAAGUAUCUAUCAGUCUAAAGAGUUGGAAAUCAUGAUGGAGUUGAAUAAAACUACUUUCCAUCUGCAAUUGUCAGGGCUGUUGAAUUCCUCGUCUUCAUUGACGAAUAUGAACAAUAUUUUGUCAUAUUCCAAAACACAUGGAGGAUUUGGGUCUUCUGCAGCCAUAUCAGAAAUGGCUGUGUUUGAAGACAUAGAAGAGCGUUCUGACACAGACUCACAAACUCCCACACUGAGGCGCAAAUCUUCGGUAAUGCAUUCUGCAGUUUCUAAGUUUGCUAUGAAACCUGAUUAUCUGCAAUUUUGCAAUUUUGCCAAAGGUGAUACAAUUAUUGGAAGGUUGAAGAGCGAGUUGGAAACUCUGGACGAGAAAAAGGCUGACACCAAGAGUUGGAACAUUCAAGGUGCAAUACUCACAAAUGAAUUGCAACGGAAAUCCUACUAUAUUAUUUGGCAAUGUCUACUUGGUGGGUCUGUAUUUUUCAUUCUUAGUAUGGGUGAAGUCAGUGGAGACAUUACCGGGAAUGGUGCUUUAUCUGUGCUGCCAUUUCCUAAUAGACGUCGAGGAUCUUCUUUCACUGGUUUAAAUGACCUUGGAGGUAUUAAUUUCCAGGAUUUAGAUAUUCUUUUAUCUGCAGCUGCCAGGGUAGCAAAUCUUCGUCAACCAUUAUAUUCAAAAGCAUUCUUUGUUAGUCCUAAUGAUUUACCAACAGAUAUCCCAGUAACUGUGGUACAUGAUUACUUUAUGAAUUAUCUUUCCAGUAAAAGAACUGAGUCAUCUAAGCCUAUUGAAUUCCAUGAAGAUGCUAGCAAACUUUGUGUUUUACCUAUGCUUAAAAGGUUUGGAGAUACUUCACCAACAUUUGAUUUGGAUUGGAUUUAUAGUGGCAUGUGGUCCUGGGCAUGA